AUGGCAGCCGCGAAUUGGCAGUACGAAUUGGACGUGGCACGAGGUGCCGUCCUUCGCGCGGCCAAGCUGACGAAAAAGAUGCUCGCCACUGUCAGUGAGGUCUCCAAGGCAGACUCGUCGCCUGUCACAGUCGCAGACUUUGCAGCUCAGGCACUCAUCAUUAGCAUCCUUCACGAGCUGUUCCCGGACGAUUCAUUUGUCGGCGAGGAGGACGCCGGGGUCUUGCGGCGAGAAGCUGGAUUGAGGGAGCGUGUGUACGAGAUCUUCUCUGCCGCUCGGGAAGAGGUGACGACGACGGCCCAGGAUGAGGCGCAGCGGUACACGGUGGACCAGAUGCUCGACUUCAUCGACAUGGGCGGGUGCGGUCAGGGCGGCGCCCAUGGACGCUUCUGGGUCAUGGACCCUGUGGAUGGGACAGCGACGUUUCUGCGCGGCGAGCAGUAUGCCGUGUCGCUCGCGCUGAUCGAGGACGGCAAGGAGGUGCUCGGCGUCAUCGCCUGCCCCAACCUCAAGCUCGACGACACCGGCCGGAUCCGCGAGUCCAGUGUUGACAAAGUUGGCCUGGGCAUCAUACUCUCCGCCGUCAAGGGCCAAGGUGCCACCGUCACUGCCCUGCCGUCCGCCCAAGCCAGGACGCUGCCGGAGCCCGUUCCGCUGGAGCCGCUGCAGCCGCCGGCCGAGGUCGCCCGCGCGCACAUUGUCGACUGCUCGCUCAACCCGACCGCCAGCCGGGCCAAGAUGCAAGAAGUGGCGAAUCGCCUGGGCGCCAGCUUCCCCGGCACGGACGUGUGGUCAUCGCACAUCAGGUACGCGGCGCUGGUUGUCGGGGGCGGCGACAUCCUCAUCCGCAUUCCUUCUGCGCCGGGCAGCACCACCUGCAUAUGGGACCACGCCGGCGCGCAGCUCAUCUUCAAGGAGUUGGGGGGCAAGGUGACCGAUCUCGACGGGCGUCCCGUUGACUUCAGUGCAGGAAGGCACUUGAGCAACAACAGGGGCCUACUAUCGGCUAGGAAAGAUAUACACGCGAAAGUUUUGGCUGUUGUGCAAGAGCUGUUGUCGGUCAACUAA